AUGUCUGUCCUUGCUUUGAAAGCGCUGGACUACGGCGCAGACAAACUUCCGGACAAGGUGUUUGAAGCAAUUCCGGGCGGCUUCUUUACGCCAGACCACAAGAAACAUCCAAAGUCCAAGACGAACCGACGGCCUCUGCGCGACACCCGAGGCAAGAGCGAGCAGAGGGACGACCGAGGCAGACGCCGGUCACAGCGAGAGCGCACACCGCCGAGCGAACACUCCGGCUACAGCAGCUACGACGAUAAUACCGACUACGAGCGCGACCAGCGCCGUCAAGGUCGACGUCGCCGUGUGAAAAGUCUUGGGCGCAGUCUGAGUCGAAGCCUGAGCCGCAGCUUGAGUCGUGCAAGGCACCAGCAGCGCAGCAGCGGUUUUGACGGCGAGUACGACGAGCGUGCCCACAUGGACCGAGAACGCGCAGACCGUGGGCCUCAAUUCCCUCCCCCUCCUACUUCUGAGUACAGGCAAUACACCCCGCAAGAAUGCGCCUCUACGCCGCCAGCCACGGGUGGAUAUUAUGACCCAUACCGCCGGGCGUCGUCGGCCAAGCAACAUCAUGGGUACCCCUCUCAGGUAAAUACCGCCUUUCGUACUCGAAGCGUCACACUUCCGGUAGGCCGCCCUGCGCCGACGCCGCUGCAAAUACUGCGGUCAAAGCUCGUGGGCAGGUCGCCGUCGAACGUGUCGACUCCUCUUCUUCCUAUAUCUCCUUUCACCACUUCUCCCACCAUGGAGUCGCUGCGUACUGGCACUCCUCUUGGUGCUUCAUUUUCGCCCUCCUAUGAGCCGCCUCUUGCGGCUCUGCUCAGCCGUCCAGCUACUAAUUCACCUCAGCCAACAUCUCAGACAGCAGCGCGAUACACACCGGGUGCUGGAUACGCUCCAUCACCUGUGAAUGUAAACUCGCCGGUUCCUCCACCGCCCAACAAUGGGUACGCGCCAUACAAUCCCGCCGACUACGCAUCCUCGAAUGCAGGCUACCAUGCUCUGGGAAAUAGCUAUCCGUCUCCGCCGCCCUUCUAUCGACAAUCGUCACGUUCACAGCCCUCGCUAGCCCAGUACCCUUAUCCAGACAACCAGGUCGCUGCGUACGACUCGCCUCCGGACCGCCAUGGCAGUUCCUCAUCCUCGCGCCGUCACCGUCACCGUCACGACGACGACAGGCGGCACAGGGCAAGGUCUGCUGGUCAGCAUGGUCGCUCUCGUAGCCGGGUCACUGACAAGUUCCGUGACAGGUUCGAGGGUAUUGACCUGCAUGACAAAAACUUGGCGGCUUCGGUGGGAGGUGCGUUAGCAGGAGGACUGGCUGGCAGGGCUGUUGGACAUGGAACGCUAAGUACUCUUAUAGGAGCAGGUAUCGGCGCGUUCGGCGGUAGAGAAUUUGAGAAGAGACACGAUAAGUAA